GAGGCCCAGCGAAUAUAUUGCUGCCAUCUUGGAGCUCAGUGCCCUGGUGACCCCCUCCCUCCCUGACCAGGGUGUGGAGGACUUCCUGGAGGCCAAGGCUAGGACCAAGACUUUGGACUUCAUUGAUGUGCUCCUGCUGACCAAGGAUGAAGAUGGGAAGGCAUUAUCAGAUGAAGACAUUCGAGAUGAAGCGGACACCUUCAUGUUUGAGGGCCAUGACACCACAGCCAGCGGCCUCUCCUGGGUCCUGUACAACCUCGCAAGGCACCCGGAAUACCAGGAGCGCUGCCGGCAGGAGGUGCAACAACUCCUGGGGGACCGAGAGCCUCAAGAGAUGGAAUGUCCCUCUUCAACAAACACUGCCACACUGUCCCCCAUCUGCACCACGGUGCCAUCUCCAAUUCUCCCCGGCCCCCUUCUCCAUCCUGGAGGCGUCACCUGCCUCAUCAGUAUUUUUGGGACCCACCACAACCCAGCCGUGUGGCCAGACCCUGAGGUCUAUAACCCUUUCCGCUUCGACCCAGAGAGCAGCAAGGACAGGUCACCUCUGGCUUUCAUUCCCUUCUCGGCGGGGCCCAGGAACUGCAUCGGGCAGACGUUCGCCAUGGCCGAGAUGAAGGUGGUCCUGGCGCUCACGCUGCUGCGCUUCCGCGUCCUGUGCGACCAGGCAGAGCCGCGCAGGAAGCCCGAGCUCAUCCUGCGCGCAGAGGGCGGCCUGUGGCUGCGGGUGGAGCCGCUGAGCGCCGGCCCGCAGUGACCCUGCGCUGUCUGGACAGGGAGCCACCCAGACCCUGCACACCUCCCCUUGCAGGUUCCCAGGGAAAAAACUGUGCUGUCACCUCUG